AUGGACCGCUGGAAGACCUACGUCAGGCAGCAGCCGCGGAAUUAUUCCAUGGUCGUCAUGUUCACGGCCCUCUCCCCCAAUGUCAACUGCCCCAUUUGCCGGUUAGUAUUGAUUUACUUUGCUGGGAUAAGUUCAAAAUGGGUGGAGACUGUCAUUUUGUCACAAGACGACCAAAAAUCAGCCACUUUUCUUUCUUAUUUUCGUAUGGAAGGCUCAAAAUAGUUGUGAAAUUGAUCCUUAUAGUCAUUUCCAACCAAAAAGAUCGAAUACAGACCAGCCUACGAUGAAUUCCUGAUCGUGGCCAACUCUCACCGGUACACGAGCUCGGACUCCGACCGCAAAGCCGUCUACUUUGCACUCGUCGACUAUGAGGACUCCCCGCAAAUCUUCCAGCAGGUAGGUACAGGCAAAUAGAGUUCAAAUUGAAAAAAAGAAGCAAAAUAGCUCGAAAAUCGUGGUUUUAAAUUUUCCUUAAAGCCAAAUUUUUAGAAAAAAAAGUCUCUAGAACGUUACUUGAACCUUGAAAGAAUUUUUAAAUUUUUUUUAGAUAUCUUCUAAUCUUUUUUUCAAUGAUAGAGUUUUUUUAAAAAAAUCCUUUUCAUGAUGUUCGAAGGGGAAAAUUCCAAAACCGCCUCCAGUCCCCCACCAAGGCAAAUUUAGACCUGGGGGGAGCUAAUUUUCAUUCUAAAAUCGCCCCUUUCGUGGUGAUCGAAAAAAACUAAAGGCCACCCUUCGUCUUAAUAAAUUUUUCAAAAAAAUAGUUUCGUUUUUUUUUUUAUUGACGUCUUAGCAAGGAAUUUUCGAUCAGACCUUAGUUCUAAUGACUUUCAGAAAGAGUAAAGUGAGUUUUCGUCUAAUUUACACCCCUAGAUGAACCUGAACACUGCCCCGAUCCUCUACCACUUUGGAGCCAAACUUGGGGCCAAGAAGAAGCCCCAACAAAUGGAUUUCCAACGACAAGGAUUCGAUGCGGACGCCAUCGCCAGAUUUAUCGCUGACCAAACUGAAGUCCAUGUAAUUUUGAUGCAUUUUGCACUGAAAAAUGAUGAAAAUCGGUUAAGAUUCGCGUUUUGCGGCCACCAAACUACACGGCUCCCGUGGUGAUCGUCCUGCUUCUUGGCCUCGUUCUGGGACUUCUCUACAUGAAGCGAAACAGCCUCGAUUUCUUGUUUAACCGCAGCAGCUGGGGAUUCUUGUGCUUGGUGGGUUCCUAAGUCAAGAAAGUGAAAUGUUCUGUCGAGAGGAAAAGUGUGGAAUCAGAAUUUUUGGACAUUUUAUUCAGAAGUAAUGGUCCAGAACUCAUAAAGAAGCCCAUAAAUGGUCCAAAAAGCUUAAUUUUUGAGAUCCUCAUCAGAAAGAAACAUACGAAAACUUUUAUAACUGAAUUAGUUUGCAUUUAUUUUUCUUUUUAAAUUGUAUUCAUAACUUUCAAUCUAAAUUUUGCGAUCACUUUCCUACAAAAGUAGUUUUUGAAGAUGAAGUCUAGCUUUUCUUUGUUUCAAAAAGAAAUAAUUCUAAUUUUCCAGGGAAUCACAUUCAUCUUCAUGUCCGGACAAAUGUGGAACCACAUCCGUGGUCCGCCUUUCCUCAUGACCAAUCCCAACACCCGGGAAACCAGCUUCAUCCAUGGAUCUACUCAGUAUCAAGUUAGUUUUGAAGAAAGUUCGGAAAAAAUCGAAUCAACCGCGUUCAAAGUUAUUUCCGAGAAACACAUUUUUUUAAUCCAUCUUUCUGUGACCUCACUUUCCUAGUUCCCGUUUUUUUUUUCAAAGUGACGUCAAAAGAUCGGAGAUUAGCGGAACAGUUCUGAAAAAAACGCGGAAGAGCGAAUUUUCUAAUAAAGUAAACUUCUUACUAAAAAAUUUAGACAACCGUGAUACUAGACCUUUUAGGAAUUUUAAAGUGGUCUUACCCCUUAGCCUCUUAAGUGGUCCCUAUAGGGAAUUUUAUCGCUUUUUUUGUUCAGUUUUUCGCAUGAAAAUGCUUCUUCUCAUAGAGUUCAUAAAAAUUAUCGAUUGGCAUGUCCCCUAUAGAGACCACUUUUGCAAGCCUUAGUGACCCCUGCAGGGGUUGGUAAAGCAGUCCCUAGAGGGAACCGACCCUACGACUGCCCUUAUAGCGACCACUCUGGUGUUUUUGUAAGUGUGGAAGAUAAUGAAUAGAAAAGUGUUUGUAGUUAGGCUACCAUGACUCAGAAAAACCCCUAAAAAGGCAAAAAUAUCCGCGUUUCGCACUGUUUUGAACAGUUAUUCAAGAUUUUCGUAAUUGUGAGAAUUUCUUUGAACACACGGACAUUGUAUCAGAUGUACUUUUAACAUAUAAGGUGUGAUAAAUCAACGAUAUUUCGAAGAGAAUGGUUAUAUUCGCCUGAACAGCAAAUUUUCGGAAAAAAGCAUAAUUAGAAAUUACUACUAUUUGACCUCGAAAAGUUUCUUGUAAACUCCCGGAACUUGUCAGCUUGUUGCCGAGACCUACCUGGUCGCCAUUCUCUACGGUCUGAUCACCUUUGGCUUCAUCCUCAUCAACGAGGCUGCCGACGGAUCCCACGACAAGAAGAAAAAGUCGGCCUUGUUUGCCCCCAAUGCUACAGGUAUUAUAAUAAUCAAAUCUUCCUUUGCAAAAAACCAAUUUUCCAGCCCUCGCCAUCGCCGGCCUGGCCAUUGUCGUCGUCGUUUUCUCGUUCUUGCUCUCGAUCUUCCGCUCCAAGUACCGCGGAUAUCCCUACAGCUUCCUCUUCAGUUAA